GAUACAUAUAUUAGGAACCCAGCAACAUGUUGCUAGUAUGUUACCACUACGUGAUUCAAAUACAAAGUUGCCAAGCACGCAUAGCUUAGCAACAAACAAAUCGGGAACGACAGCUUUUUGGAGACGUCAAAGCCAAUGCGUUCCACAACAAAUAAAAGUCAAUGCGCAAAAGCAAAUUUAUUAUAAAAUACAAGUAUAUUAACUACAAAAACAACAAGCUAAUCCGAAAGAUGCCGAUACAGCAACAAAAUGCACGCAGUCACCGCAACGAAAAACCACGAGCGAACGUCUGGCUGCCGCUGUGGCUGGUGGUGGGCACUUGGGUUGCCUACAAAAACACUUUGGCACACACACACACAUACAUAUAUCUACUCAUGUAUACAUACAUACACACGCACAUAUUUGCUGUUGUUACUGUUGGUAUUUUCUGAUUAAUGUGCACAUGCUGUGUUUGUUGCUGUUCUUAUUUUAUUGCCUUUGCUUUUGCCGUCAACAAUACACAGCGGCAGUGGCGUCGGCAGCACCAACAGCAGCAGCAGCAACUUCUUCAACAGCCAGCGAUUGUCUUCAAUCGUGUUUAUGCUGCCAACGGCUCUGGACGCAAUUGCAAACGUAGUACGUGUCGAUUUAAUACCCGUGUUGAGACAAUUUCAAGUAAAAUAAAGGCAAAAACAAAUAUUUUGAAAAAUUUAUUAAAAAACGAAAGAAGUGCAUUUUUCUUUAAAACGCAUAUUUGUGUGGUAAAUUUAUUUUACAUAUUUAAAAUAUUGCGAAAUUCGUGUGUUUGGAAAGUCAAUUUCCUUUUGCAGCAACAACAAAAACAAACAAGAACGCCCAUAUAACUAGACCGCCCACACAAUAAAUUGCGACGAAUUUUUAGCAAGCGAAACAGCGCAAAUCAAAGCGAGACAUAUUUUUGCAUUUUUGUGAAAUUUUAACUGCAACCGCAACAACAAAAACAAGAUGUUCAGCUCAUUCACAGCAUCCCUCAAGAGUUUGGGCGACAAGACCGCCAACCUUUUCAGUCGUAAGAAGGAAGAUGUCGAGAAAUUGGCCAAGGAGAAAGCUGACAAUGCUGCCAAAAUGGCUGAGGACCAGGCUAAGGCUGUAGGACAAUCGGUGCAACAGACCAAGAGUGAAGCGGAGAACUUGGCGGCUAGUGCUGCCAAGGAAGCCGCCGAUUUGGCCGCUGCUGAAGCUCAAAAGGCCGGCCAGGCCGUUAAUGCUGGCGUAAGCCAAGCUCAGGCCGCCGUUGACAACUCUAAACACGCCAUCGAUAACACUGUGCAACAAGCCAAUGCUGUGGCCGCAAAUGCAAAGCAAGUGGCCGCCAACGUGGCUGAGGCUUCACAAAAGGCUGCUGCCAACGCCGUCGAUCAGACCAAAAAGGCCGCUAACGAUGCGAUCAACAAGAGUGUCAAGGCUGCCGAACAAACAGUCGAAACGAAAAUGAAGGAAGCCGAGCAAGCUAUCGAUGGCGCUGUAAAGCAGACCAGCCAAACGGUCGACCAGAAGAUGAACGAAGCCAACCAAUUUGUCAGUCAUAAGCGCGAGGAUUUGGAGAAGACCCUCCAUGAUGGCGCUGUGAACGCACAGGAGUCAGCCGGUAAUCAGGCUGCCAAUCUGCUCGGCAAGCUCCACAUCGGCAAGUAGAGCGGAGCGUAAGCAAUUUAUUUUUUAUACGUCGGCAAGCAGGAAGGAGCGCGGAGCGAACAAGUUGGUGGUACGAGCAUUGGAUAGAAGCCGUUAGAAGUUUAGUUAUAUAAUUUGUAAUAUGUGGCAGUUUUUAAUUAAGCAGAAGAAAGAAAAUGAAGAAAAUAUUAUCGUAUAUAUUUAAGAAGAAUGACCGCUACUUACAAGCAAGCACUAUAAAUAACAAAGUUAUAUACAAGUUUACACAGAAAUAUCAAGCUCAAGUAAAAUUUGUUAAGAACGCGCUUAAAUACUUAGAAUGUUGCGAAGCUUGAGUGUUGAAGAGCGCGCAACCUAAAGGAUAUUCUGAAAUUUUGCGUAAAAAAGAGGAAAAUCAUGUAACAAGUGCCAGUUUUGUGAUCGUAAAAUCGAAAGAAAUUUUUCAAAAAUGCCUACAUAGUUAAAUAUAUGGAAAAUACAUAUUUACAGUUAUGAAACUAGUGAACAGGAACAGAAAAGAUGACAUUAAACUAUUUACAAAAACAAAAAAA